UCAUGCACGUUGCGCACUGGAGGACGCGGAGGAGACAGCGCAGGAAGGCGCAGUGCUCAUCACUUCAGCCAUUUAUUUCACAAGAACAGGAGAACGAACAGCAGGCUUGAAAAUGGGACGUAACGCAGUACCUAUUUUUCUGGCUGUAUUGUCCUGCUGCGUGUGGCGAAACGCUGAGGCAAUAUCCAUAGUUGAGGUGAACAGAGCCCGCUCCCUGGUGGCAGAGCCACAGAUUGCCAUGUUCUGCGGUCGUCAACUCCUCCAUAUGAACCCAGAGCUCGGCCAAUGGACGGAUCCUCAGGGCCGCCAGGACUGCUUCACGGACCGAAGUCAAAUCCUCUCCUAUUGCCAGAAGAUGUACUCGAAUCUUCAGAUCACCCACGUAGAGGAGUCCUUUAGACCUGUUACCAUCCAUUCCUGGUGUAAAAAAGGUUGGGGCCACUGCCAGACACACCCCUUCAUAGUGCUGCCCUACCGCUGUCUAGAGGGUGAGAAUAUGCGUGAAGCCCUGUUGGUUCCAGACCGAUGCCGUUUCCUUCGUCAGGAGAACAUGGAUACCUGCAAGAGUCACGUGUACUGGCACAACAUUGCUAAAGAGUCGUGCACUGUCGACAACCUGGAGCUCCACAGCUAUGGGAUGCUGUUGCCAUGUGGAGAUAAUUUCCGGGGAGUGGAAUACGUUUGCUGCCCGGGCAGAGGGAGCUCUGGCAGCAAGGUCGACACAGAGGGAGACGAUGUCCCCGCUGCUCCACAGACGCCCCUGACCAGCAGCAAACUGAAUUCUAUCGCCAAAGUGACUGCACCCACUCCCAGCCCAUCCCCUGAUCCAGACUUGGAUGAGGCGGACAUGGAAGAAGAAGAUGACGAAGUGGUGGAGGAAGAGGAAGAAGAGGAGGAGCAGGAAGAAGAAAUCAAUGAUGAAGAGGAGGCAGAAGAAGAAGAUGAGGAGGAGGAGGAAGAGGAGGAAGUUGGAGCUGUGAAAGAACCAGAGGAGUAUGAAUACCCCACUUACUCAGUGGGGAAUUCAUACCAGCCGUCUGACUUUUUGGACUCAUUCUACUAUGAAAAAAGCCACAAACCCACAACGUCACCUCCCUUAACGAAGGGAGACAACCUGAUUACACCGCGGCCCACAGAUGGAGUCGAUGUUUACUUUGAAAUGCCAGGUGAUGACAGUGAGCAUGCCAACUUCCUGCGUGCCAAAACAGACCUGGAGGAGCGGAGAAUGAAGCGAAUCAAUGAGAUCAUGAAGGAAUGGGCAGAGGCUGACAACCACUCAAACAAUUUGCCAAAAUCUGAACGACAGGCUUUGAAUGAGCACUUCCAGACUGUGCUGCAGACGCUGGAGGAGCAGGUGGCUGGAGAGAGGCAGAGGCUGGUGGAGACUCAUUUAGCCAGAGUGGAGGCCACGCUUAACAACAACCGCCGCCUGGCCCUGGAGAGUUACCUGACCGCUGUCCAGACUGAACCUCCACAGCCCGAGCGCGUGCUGCAGGCCCUGAAGCGCUAUAUGGCUGCCGAGCAGAAGGAUCGCAGACACACACUCAGACACUAUCAGCACAUUGAGGCUGUCGACCCCCAGAAGGCUGAGCAGAUGAAAUUCCAGGUCUACACCCACCUCCAUGUGAUUGAGGAGAGGAUGAACCAGAGUCUGGCAUUGCUGUACAAGGUUCCUGUUUUAGCUGAGGAGCUGCACAAUGACAUCCAGGAACUGGUGAAGGCAGAGCGAGGAGACAUCAGUGAACUUAUGACCACCUCCUUCACUGACCGCACAACAGAGGAGCUCCUGCCGGCUGAGAGUGAGGAAGAAAAGGAUGAUGAAGAGGAAGAGAACCACACUUUUCAGAAUAGGCCUUACCCUCUCCGUAUUGAACCACAGCCUAAUAAAAAGGCAUCAGCAGCAGAUGAAUAUGAUUAUACCACAUCCGAAAGAGGCCCGACUUAUGAAUAUGAGGAAAAAAUCAACACCUCUGUGGAGCUCAAACAGCUUGUCUACAAAUCCCCAGAGAUUCAGAGAGAUGAACUGCAGCCCGAUGCCUUGGAGACUUUUAAUCGCGGCGCCAUGGUGGGAUUGCUGGUGGUGGCUGUGGCAAUCGCCAUGGUGAUGGUAAUCAGCCUGCUGCUGGUGCGCAGAAAGCCAUACGGCACCAUCAGCCACGGCAUCGUGGAGGUUGACCCCAUGUUGUCCCCAGAAGAACGACAGCUCAACAAAAUGCAGAACCACGGCUACGAGAACCUGACAAUCAUGAAGGAAUGGCAAGCUGACAACCACUCAAACAAUUUGCCAAAAUCUGAACGACAGGCUUUGAAUGAGCACUUCCAGACUGUGCUGCAGACGCUGGAGGAGCAGGUGGCUGGAGAGAGGCAGAGGCUGGUGGAGACUCAUUUAGCCAGAGUGGAGGCCACGCUUAACAACAACCGCCGCCUGGCCCUGGAGAGUUACCUGACCGCUGUCCAGACUGAACCUCCACAGCCCGAGCGCGUGCUGCAGGCCCUGAAGCGCUAUAUGGCUGCCGAGCAGAAGGAUCGCAGACACACACUCAGACACUAUCAGCACAUUGAGGCUGUCGACCCCCAGAAGGCUGAGCAGAUGAAAUUCCAGGUCUACACCCACCUCCAUGUGAUUGAGGAGAGGAUGAACCAGAGUCUGGCAUUGCUGUACAAGGUUCCUGUUUUAGCUGAGGAGCUGCACAAUGACAUCCAGGAACUGGUGAAGGCAGAGCGAGGAGACAUCAGUGAACUUAUGACCACCUCCUUCACUGAAACCCGCACAACAGAGGAGCUCCUGCCGGCUGAGAGUGAGGAAGAAAAGGAUGAUGAAGAGGAAGAGAACCACACUUUUCAGAAUAGGCCUUACCCUCUCCGUAUUGAACCACAGCCUAAUAAAAAGGCAUCAGCAGCAGAUGAAUAUGAUUAUACCACAUCCGAAAGAGGCCCGACUUAUGAAUAUGAGGAAAAAAUCAACACCUCUGUGGAGCUCAAACAGCUUGUCUACAAAUCCCCAGAGAUUCAGAGAGAUGAACUGCAGCCCGAUGCCUUGGAGACUUUUAAUCGCGGCGCCAUGGUGGGAUUGCUGGUGGUGGCUGUGGCAAUCGCCAUGGUGAUGGUAAUCAGCCUGCUGCUGGUGCGCAGAAAGCCAUACGGCACCAUCAGCCACGGCAUCGUGGAGGUUGACCCCAUGUUGUCCCCAGAAGAACGACAGCUCAACAAAAUGCAGAACCACGGCUACGAGAACCCCACUUACAAAUUCUUUGAGCAGAUGAACUGAGGUAGUGGGGUUGCCAUCAAAUCAUGCCUGACCACUUGUUUUGUCGAUUCACUAUUCAUCGCUGUGAUGAACCAGCCACACUCCCUGUGAUAGAUUUAGUGACUGACUAAUUGUGGGUGUGUUUCAUACUCAUUGUAAAUGACCAACAAUCAUGAUUCCCUGAGUGUGAUUGAUCAGAUGAUUCCAACUGACAUUGCCACCUUCACCUCUAGUCUGAGACAUUGUUCCAUUAGACUUUCAUAAUCCUGAAAACAGCCACCUUAUAGACAGCAGUCAAUUAUCAGUGGCAUGACUUGGUCCAUUGCUCCUCACUACACAAACCCGAAAGGUGCAUAAUGCUUUAGAGUACAUCUUUUUCAUUUGUAGUCUCUUUGUUUAGAUAUAAAGUUUCUGUGUAGAUGAGUGUCAAUUGCAGCCUAGUUAAAUUAUUGUGUAAUUUGCUAUUUCAAAUCCACUCAGUGAUUAAGAAAAAAAGCCAACUAUCAAGUUCAUUGUAAAACAAACAUUACUUCCACAAGGUACUGUAAUGUUGGAUAAUACGUCUAAUAGUGAGACAUUACCAUCA